CUUCCUCCCUCCAGCCCCGCCCGGCCUGCGAGCGCGGUUAGGUUGUGCGGAAAGCAGCCGCGAGGCCUCCGCCCGCAGCUCCAGACGCUCCGGCGCCGGGACACAGCACCCUCUGCACCAUCUCUCGGCUGUGCCCCCACCCGUUUGACAAGAUGUCUGUAAAGGAAGGCGCUCAGCGCAAGUGGGCAGCGCUGAAGGAGAAGCUGGGGCCACAGGACUCAGACCCCACAGAGGCCAACCUGGAGAGCGCUGAGCCUGAGCUGUGCAUCCGGCUGCUGCAGAUGCCCUCGGUGGUCAACUACUCGGGCCUGCGCAAGCGCCUGGAGAGCAGCGAUGGCGGCUGGAUGGUGCAGUUCCUGGAGCAGAGCGGCCUGGACCUGCUGCUGGAGGCGCUGGCGCGGCUGUCGGGGCGUGGUGUGGCCCGCAUCGCGGAUGCCCUGCUGCAGCUCACGUGCAUCAGCUGUGUGCGUGCAGUCAUGAAUUCACAGCAGGGCAUUGAAUACAUCCUCAGCAACCAGGGUUAUGUGCGCCAGCUCUCCCAGGCACUGGACACCUCCAAUGUAAUGGUCAAGAAGCAGGUGUUUGAACUGCUGGCUGCUCUGUGCAUCUAUUCACCUGAAGGCCAUGCACUGACGCUCGAUGCCCUGGACCAUUACAAGAUGGUGUGCAGCCAGCAGUACCGCUUCAGCGUUAUCAUGAACGAACUCUCGGACAGUGACAAUGUGCCCUAUGUGGUUACCCUGCUCAGUGUGAUCAAUGCUAUCAUUCUGGGUCCUGAGGACCUCCGCACUCGUGCCCAGCUACGGAGUGAAUUCAUUGGGCUACAACUGCUGGAUAUUCUGACCCGGCUACGAGACUUGGAGGAUGCGGAUCUGCUGAUCCAGCUGGAAGCCUUCGAAGAGGCCAAAGCGGAGGAUGAGGAGGAACUGCAGCGUGUUAGCGAUGGGAUCAACAUGAACAGCCACCAGGAAGUCUUUGCCUCCCUGUUCCACAAGGUGAGCUGCUCCCCAGCAUCGGCCCAGCUGCUGUCAGUACUGCAGGGUCUCAUGCACCUGGAGCCUGCUGGCCGCUCAGGCCAACUGCUCUGGGAGGCCCUGGAGAACCUGGUGAACCGGGCUGUGCUCCUGGCCAGUGAUGCCCAGGCUUGCACCCUGGAGGAGGUGGUUGAGCGACUGCUGUCCAUCAAAGGGCGGCCCCGACCAAGCCCCCUGGACAAGGCCCACAAGAGUGUCCAGACCAACUUAGUCCAGAAUCAGGGCAGUUCCUCCCAAAACACUACUGCUCCCACAGCUAAGGUGGAAAGCCAGCAGCCGAUAGUGGCUUCUCCCUGCCAGUAUGUGGGCCGCACCCAGAGCUUCAGCGUUGACGUGGCUCCACAACCAGCAGUCCUUGAGCAGUGCACAGCAACCUUUCCUGUACCUACCCCAGCACUGUCCAGCUCCACCCCUGUGUUCCCUCCACCCCCACCUCCCCUGCCAGGCCCAGGGCCCCCGCCCCCACCCCCACUCCCUGGCAUGUGCCCAGUUCCUCCCCCUCCCCCACUACCCAGAGCAGGUCAGAUCCCUCCACCUCCGCCUCCUCCCCUGCCUGGUUUCUCCGUCCCCUCCAUGACGGGUGGUGUGGAGGAGAUCAUCUUGGCCCAGGUCGACCACAGCUUGGGCUCGGCCUGGGUCCCCAGUCACCGCAGAGUAAAUCCACCCACAUUGCGAAUGAAGAAGCUGAACUGGCAGAAGCUGCCGUCCAAUGUGGCCCGAGAGCGCAACUCCAUGUGGGCCACACUGAGCAGCCCCUGCAAAGCUGCAGUGGAACCUGACUUCUCCAGCAUUGAGCAGCUCUUCUCCUUCCCCACGGCUAAGCCCAAGGAGCCCUCUGCUGCCCCCGCCAGGAAGGAACCCAAAGAAGUCACUUUUCUGGACUCCAAGAAGAGCCUAAACCUCAACAUCUUCCUGAAGCAAUUUAAAUGUUCCAAUGAAGAAGUCACCAGCAUGAUCCAGGCCGGAGACACAAGCAAGUUUGAUGUGGAGGUUCUCAAACAGCUCCUAAAGCUCCUUCCAGAGAAGCACGAGAUCGAGAACCUACGGGCGUUCACUGAGGAGCGAGCCAAAUUGGCCAAUGCUGACCAGUUCUACAUUCUCCUCCUGGACAUCCCCUGCUACCAGAUGCGGGUGGAGUGCAUGAUGCUGUGUGAAGGAACAGCCAUCGUACUGGACAUGGUGCGGCCCAAGGCCCAGCUGGUGCUCACCGCCUGCGAGAGCCUGCUCACCAGCCAGAGGCUGCCAGUCUUCUGUCAGCUGAUCCUCAAAAUUGGGAAUUUCCUCAACUAUGGCAGCCACACAGGAGACGCAGAUGGUUUCAAGAUUAGCACUUUGCUGAAGCUCACAGAGACCAAAUCCCAACAGAGUCGUGUGACGCUGCUGCACCAUGUCCUGGAGGAAGUGGAGAAGAGCCACCCGGACCUCCUACAGCUGUCACGGGACCUGGAGCCACCCUCUCAAGCUGCAGGAAUCAACGUGGAGAUCAUCCACUCAGAGGCCAGUGCCAACCUGAAGAAGCUUCUAGAAGCAGAGCGGAAGGUGUCCACUUCAAUCCCUGAGGUGCAGAAGCAGUAUGCUGAGCGCCUCCAGGCCAGCAUUGAGGCCUCUCGGGCACUGGACAAGGUGUUUGAUGACAUUGAUCAAAAAAAGCUGGAGCUGGCUGAGUACCUGUGCGAAGACCCCCAGCAGCUGUCCCUAGAGGACACGUUCAGCACCAUGAAGACCUUCCGAGACCUCUUCACCCGUGCCCUGAAGGAGAACAAGGACCGGAAGGAACAGAUGGCAAAAGCUGAAAGGCGAAAACAGCAGCUGGCAGAAGAGGAGGCACGGAGGCCGAGGGACGAGGACGGGAAGCCUGUCAGGAAGGGGCCUGGGAAGCAAGAAGAGGUGUGUGUCAUCGACGCCCUGCUGGCCGACAUCAGGAAAGGCUUCCAGCUACGGAAGACAGCCAGGGGCCGGGGAGACACUGAAGCAAGUGGCAGAGUGGCCCCAGCAGAUCCUCCAAAGGCCACAGAGCCUGCAACUGCCAGCAAUCCUAGCCAGGGUACAGACCACCCUGCUUCAGAAGCAGGCUUGGACACCUCAGCAGCUGAUGAGCCACAGGGCUGGGACCUUGUGGACGCUGUAACCCCCAGCCCCCAGUCCUCCAAGGAGGAAGGCGGUCCUCCAGCCCUGGAGAGGCGUUCCUCCUGGUAUGUGGAUGCCAGCGACUUCCUGGCCCCUGAAGAUGCCCCGAAUGCCCAGCCCUCUGAGGGGUUCUGGCCAGUGACUCUGGGAGAUGGUCAAGCUCUGAAGCCCCUCGAGUUCUCUAACAAUAAGCCUCCUGGAGUUGAGAGCUCACCCCAGGACACUCCGGAUCCUGAAGCCUUGCGGGUUGUCCACCGAGCAGAGGCUGACAGCACCAGUGAGGGGCCAGAGGAUGCUGCUGAGCGAGGACAGAGCACCCACCUCCCCCGCACAGGCCCCGGGGAGGAUGAGGAUGAAGAGGACACAGCUCCAGAAUCUGCACUCGACACAUCCCUGGACAGGUCCUUCUCUGAGGAUGCAGUGACAGAUUCCUCAGGGUCCGGCACCCUCCCCAGGGUCCAAGGCCGGGUCUCCAAGGGGACGAGCAAGCGAAGGAAGAAACGCCCCUCAAGGAACCAAGAAGGCCUCAGGUCCAGGCCCAAAGUCAAGUGAGUGCCCUCAUCAGCUCAGCACAUCGGCAGGGGCUGGAUGUGCUGCCUGGAGAGGCUCUUCAGGGCCAGGCUGGGACUGGGCCCCUGAGAAACCCAAACUCCGUGCCUUACCCAGCCAGGAUCCUUGGGAGCCUUGGCCAUUGAUGCUAGGACCUGGCCUGGCCUCACCCUGGACCACCUGCACGCUCAUAGCCUCACCAUCUGCUUUUGCAAACCACUACCCACCCCCUAUUGCAUGCACCACAGGGGUCGACUGAAGUCUCUGUCUGGCUGUAGGGGGAUGGGUGCGGACACCUUGCAAUGGGCUGCAACACCUCCCACCCCCAUGGUUCAGUUGAUUUUUAGCUGAGUAAUGUUUUCUGCAUCUUUAUUCUGCUCCGGCUGAGUUGGGGUUAGUGAGGGCCUGAGGGGAUGCUUGUUGGAAGUGCUGUGGGUAGGACCUGGCAGGUAGGCCCUAGGGAACAAACAUACAAAAAAAAAAAAGUUAAUGUGCAUAAUGGGUGGUCACCAGAUCUCUGCAGCCGUCUUCUUCUUUGGUGUCUGCCCCUGCUUAGCCCCUCUCGGGUGGGUGUGCACUGUUGAGUCUGCAGGCCAGCAGGGAUUUUAACCAAUAAAGAGCAACCUUGUCUGUCC